GCUUCCCUGAGGACAGCAAGGUGUGUUGUCAGGAGAUCCUAUGGGGUCAGGGCUGAGAGUGUCCUUGCAGAGGGGCCAGGACCCUGGCCUAGGAAAGGGAAGUAGUGUUUUCCACAGAACUCCUGUGCCAGAGCCAGUGGGUCAGAAAAGACACAAGGCUGGCAUCAGAUACUUCCUGGCUGUUCCUGGCACGCAGCCCUGAUGCUGGGCCUGACUGCCAGCUUUAGUCUGGGCUAGUAUAGGUGACAAGUAGUUGGCCACUCAUGCUGAGUUGGCUAAGCACAAUGCAUCAGGGCGAAAGGGGCCCCUUAGGGGCCUCAAGCUGGAGGGAUGAUGGCGCUGCCCAGUCAUUUGUCCGUGGCUGGCCACCAGAGCUGGAUAGGUAUGAGCUACCCUCUUCUUGCUGGGCACCGACCUAACCAACCCCAUGUCUCCUGGGCCUUUCCUCCCUCUAGUAUCUGUUGUUGGAGAGCUGGUGUCCUUAGCUGGGUUGGUGGAGGGCCAGGGCCAGGCAGCUGGUUAAAUUUAGUGAGUGAGGUGCUGAAGGUCCACCUGCUACCACAGCUGCCACUUGGGCCCUGGGCCCUGCUGCCAGGGGUGAGCAGUGGCUAGUUCUGCCUGAGGCCAAGUUCAUAGUGACCUGUGCUCUGGCCUGUGAACUGGGAGGUCAUCAUGGCAAUAGCAACAAGGGGUCUAAGGUGAGAGAGAUGUGUGUUUGUGAGUGUGAAUCCUACCCAGGACUCCUGGUGGCUUCUCUGAGCCUGCAAAAACAGAAGAGCAAGGCUACCUUUGGGUCUGACCAGCUGCCAGCUGCUCAACUCGGCAGGCUGGCUCCCUGACCCUUGGUCACAUAGGUUUUGAUGCCAGCCAGCAUGGCCUGGGUGGGCCAACUCUGAGCAUAGCCUAUCAGACGCCCUUCAGGACCUGUGGAGGUGGAGCUGUGAGAGCCAAUAGCAGCUCAUUUCUUUUCCUUUGCACCAAACAGGAACAAGAGGGAAGGAGAGUUAGAUUACUCUGGGCCUUGGGUGUGGCUCCAAGGACAACCCCAGGCUGACGGGUGUUGGGAGGACAUGAGGGCAGCUCAGAGCAACCCAGGGUGAGGUGUCUGAGAGUCCAAGGCUGGCUUGCCCCAUAUCCAGGCUUCUCCUGCUCCCCUAGCAUUUUGCAGUGUUGAUUAGGGACCAAGGUCCAACCUCAUUGCUUUUGCAGCCUCCAGGACAUGGCCACUGGCUGGUGGAACCCAGAGAGUGAACUCACAUACCACCCCACCAUUCCUGAGGCCUGGCCCAGUUGCCAAGGUGACAGGUCUCCCGGCUCAAGCAAAGAUGGAGUUGCCGAGAAGCCUAGGUUUUGGCAGUGCCCCGCUAUAGCAAAUCUGCAGUGGCCCUUGGCUCUAGUCUCAUCUUGGGGGUCACACUGGUCAUCCCUGCUCAGCUCUGCCAACUCCUCAGGGCCACCAGGCCCAGUGGGGCCAACAGCCUGCAGUGAAGAAGGUGCCCUCUACUAAGGCUCCCCUGUCUAGCCCUGAUUCCAUGAUCCUGGGCCUGCUGCUGCCACCCUCAUUUCUGGACCUGCUGCCUCCUGAGCCGCUUUCCUACCUGGUCUGAGCAGAGUCAUGGCCCAGAGAGCAGGUGACAACAGCCAAGCAUCAAGCAAUGGGCUGAAGGAGAAAGUGCUGACGCUGGACACCAUGAACCAGUGUGUAAGGGAGGUGGAAUAUGCAGUUCGAGGCCCCAUAGUGCUGCGUGCCUUGGAGCUGGAACAGGAGCUACGCCAGGGUGUAAAGAAACCUUUUACUGAGGUCAUCCGUGCCAACAUUGGGGAUGCACAGGCCAUGGGGCAGAAGCCUAUCACCUUUUUGCGCCAGGUCCUGGCCCUCUGUGUCUAUCCGGAUCUCCUGAGCAGUCCUGAUUUUCCAGAGGAUGCCAAGAGAAGGGCCCAGCGCAUAUUGCAGGCAUGUGGGGGCCACAGCCUGGGGGCCUAUAGCAUCAGCUCUGGCAUCCAGCUGAUCCGUGAGGAUGUGGCGCACUACAUUGAGAGGCGGGACGGAGGCAUCCCCGCGGACCCCAACAACAUCUUCCUGUCCACUGGGGCCAGCAAUGCCAUUGUGACUGUGCUGAAGCUGCUGGUGGCCGGUGAGGGCCGCACGCGUACCGGGGUGCUCAUCCCCAUCCCCCAGUACCCGCUCUACUCAGCCACGCUGGCCGAGCUGAACGCCGUGCAGGUGGACUACUACCUGGAUGAAGAGCGCGCCUGGGCAUUGGACGUGGCUGAGCUGCAGCGCGCCCUGCACCAGGCACGUGACCACUGCCGCCCGCGGGCACUCUGUGUCAUCAACCCGGGCAAUCCCACAGGACAGGUACAGACCCGUGAGUGCAUCGAGGCCGUGAUCCGCUUUGCCUUUGAAGAGGGCCUCUUCCUGAUGGCUGACGAGGUCUACCAGGACAAUGUGUAUGCCGAGGGCUCUCACUUCCACUCAUUUAAGAAGGUGCUUAUGGAGAUGGGGUCGCCGUAUGCAGAACAGCAGGAGCUCGCUUCCUUCCACUCAGUCUCUAAGGGCUACAUGGGCGAGUGUGGGUUCCGCGGUGGCUAUGUAGAGGUGGUAAACAUGGACGCUGAGGUGCAGCGGCAGAUGCUAAAACUGAUGAGUGUGCGGCUGUGCCCGCCAGUGCCCGGCCAGGCCCUGCUGGACAUGGUGGUCAGCCCACCUGCACCCUCUGAUCCCUCCUUUGCGCAGUUUCAGGCGGAGAGGCAGGAAGUGCUGGCUGAGCUGGCUGCUAAGGCCAAGCUCACUGAGCAGGUCUUCAAUGAGGCUCCAGGGAUCUACUGCAACCCAGUGCAGGGUGCUAUGUACUCCUUCCCACGGGUGCAGCUGCCUCCACGCGCAGUGCGUCGUGCUCAGGAGCUCGGUCUGGCCCCUGAUAUGUUUUUCUGCAUGCGCCUUCUGGAAGAGACUGGCAUCUGUGUGGUGCCUGGGAGCGGCUUUGGGCAACGGGAAGGCACCUACCACUUCCGAAUGACCAUUCUGCCCCCGAUGGAGAAGCUGCGGGUGCUGUUGGAGAAGCUGAGCCGUUUCCAUGCCAAGUUUACCCUUGAGUACUCCUAAGGCAGUUCCUGGGGCCACUCUGGGCCACUGUAGACUGACCAGGUUCCUAGAGGUCUCUAGAGCCCUUGAGACUUACUGCUUCCACCACCAGGGCUGGACACCUGCUUCUGCAGUUCUCAAAUAAAACUGGAUGUGUUUGACUGUGCA